UUUAUGACUUCGUGUUUAUCCAAACAAGUAGGUAGGUAUAUAUGUACUAUAACAUUCCCAUUUUUCCUCAACUUUGCAUAGCAUAAUCUUUUCUUUGUGGUUUUUGAAUUUCAAUUGAUUUUCGCUGUGAUUGCUUGCUUUUGCUACAAUGGAGGAUUGUUCUCUCCGCCUGGGCUCUCUUUUCCUUGGAUUCGACAGUUCUACUCAGUCAUUGAAGGCGACUGUAUUAGAUGCCAAUCUCAACAUUGUCCAUUCGGAUAUUGUUAAUUUUGAUUCUGAAUUGCCCCAUUACAAAACCAAAGAUGGUGUCUACAGAGACCCAUCUGUCAAUGGCCGAAUCGUUUCGCCAACCUUGAUGUGGGUUGAAGCAUUUGAACUCAUGCUUCAGAGACUCUCUUCCAAAUUGGAUUUUGGGAAGAUUGUUGCUGUUUCCGGAAGUGGACAGCAACAUGGCAGUGUGUAUUGGAAAACUGGAAGUUCCACCAAAUUAUCGGCAUUGGACCCGAAGAAACCAUUGGUGGAUCAACUCGGUGAUGCCUUUUCAACAAAGGAAUCGCCGGUAUGGAUGGACAGCAGCACCACAGAACAGUGCAAAGUCAUUGAGAAAGCUGUUGGAGGCGCAUUGGAGUUAUCUAGAAUUACUGGGUCACGUGGGUACGAGAGAUUCACUGGCCCACAAAUUCGAAGGAUAUUCGAGACACAGCCAGAAGUUUAUAACAAUACUGAGAGGAUCUCCCUGGUUAGCUCCUUUGUAGCAUCUCUACUUAUAGGGGCCUAUGCUUGUAUUGAUGAAACCGAUGGUGCGGGAAUGAACUUGAUGGACAUUAAGCAACGGGCUUGGUCUAAAAUAGCUUUAGAGGCCACUGCACCAGGUUUGGAGGAGAAACUUGGAAAUUUGGCUCCUGCACAUGCUGUUGCUGGUGUUAUUGCUCCAUAUUUUGUGGAGAGGUUCCACUUCAACAAGAACUGUUUGGUUGUUCAGUGGUCUGGAGACAACCCUAACAGCUUAGCAGGUUUGACCCUAAACACUCCUGGGGAUCUAGCAAUUAGUCUUGGCACUAGUGACACUGUUUUUGGGAUUACCAAUGACCCUCAACCAAGCUUAGAAGGGCAUGUAUUUCCUAAUCCAGUUGACCCAAAAAGCUACAUGGUGAUGUUGUGCUAUAAGAAUGGGUCUUUGACUCGUGAAGAUGUGCGAAAUCAAUGUGCGGAUAAAUCUUGGGAAGUUUUUGCUAAAUUUCUGCAACAAACACCACCUCUAAAUGGUGGAAAGAUAGGUUUCUACUACAAGGAGUAUGAAAUACUUCCUCCCCUCCCUGUUGGUUUCCACCGCUAUGUACUUGAGAAUUUCACUGGCGAUACCUUAGAUGGCAUAAGUGAACGUGAAGUGGAUAAAUUUGAUCCUCCCUCUGAGGUUCGAGCAUUGAUUGAGGGCCAGUUGCUCUCUUUGCGAGGUCAUGCUGAAAGAUUUGGAAUGCCUUCUCCUCCAAAACGAAUAAUAGCUACAGGCGGAGCAUCAGCAAAUCAGAGCAUUCUAAACACAGUAGCUGCCAUCUUUGGCUGUAAUGUCCAUACAGUCCAAAGACCAGACUCUGCAUCGCUAGGAGCGGCAUUGAGGGCCGCUCAUGGUUGGUUGUGCAACAAGAAGGGCAGUUUUGUGCCGAUCUCAUGUAUGUACAUGGACAAGUUGGAGAAGACAUCUCUCGCCUGCAAACUUUCAGUGAAUGCUGGAGACCAAGAACUUGUCAACAAGUAUGGUUUGUUCAUGAAGAAGAGAUUAGAAAUUGAGAACCGCCUUGUCCAAAAGCUAGGACGAUUGUGAGGUUGAAGUACAAGGCACUACUAGCUUGAACGAUUUUUUGAGCAUUGACCACUGUGCUUUCUCACUUGGCAUUGUGGUAUUUAAAUUGAGCCAGACAAUAAUGAAUUAUAUUUUUACAGUGAAUUUUUUUAAUAAACAAACAUAGUAGCUAGCAUUUUCUGCACAGAAUAAGUUGUUCGUAUUUGUAAAUAAUAAUAGAGCAAGACAAUUGUUCCAUCUGUUAUUCUACGUUCAUGAUCACAUGGUGCUUUGUUUUUCUUCUUCUGUAAGCAUCAGUGUGUGCCUAUCAAGCCAUUUUCUUGUUUCAAAUCUAUUGUUUGGGUCAGAACAACAUUGUUCUCAAAGAGUGAAA